AACGUCCGUCAGGCGCAAGCCGAGGAGGGCUUCAUCACAACGUGCCAGCAACUCCGUGGCUACGGGCAGGAGAUGUUCACGGCGCGGGAUCAGCUCAGCACCCAGGAGGUCACGAUCGCCGUUUCCCUCACCGGCAUUCGCGUGCUCGCUGAUAAUAGCGACACGCCACAUCUUUACAGAUGGACGGACAUAACAAACGUAAUAAAUCACAAGCGAACCUUCAGCAUAGAAUGCCAAAAGCAAUCGGAGUCAGCAUCAUUCGCGUUGGCCAGCCCCGAGGACGGAAAGUACGUGUGGCGUAUGUGUGUGCAGCAGCACACCUUCUACAUGCGACACCAGCCCGCGCUGGCACCCGCACAUCUUGAAGAACACAGGCCCAACUUCCAGGAUCAUGGUCUGUCAGACAGCCGAGAAGAGCUGGACUCACGUGACCUGGGCAGCAGCGUGCGGCUGGAGCCGCUGACGGCGUCGCACAGAGCGCACUCCACCUCUUGCCUUGAGCUGGCGGACCAGCCGCCGCCGAGGAAUCGUGCCCUUCUGCCCUCGUACCGGCCCGCACCAGACUACGAAACAGCAAUCCAACAGAAGUACCAGCAGCAAAGGACCGAGGCGCAACUACGGUACCAGAACCAUACCCACUCCUCCAUGGUGAAUAGCAAACCACUAGUCUAUGGUUCGCAUCCUGAUAUACACCGGAUCCACUACCCAGACGUUACGAGGCAUACCAUGAACCAAGGAGUAGCGGCAACUGACGACUACGCAUACGGUCUCAAGUUCGUAGGCACUAACUACCCGUUCGCGAUGAACCCGAACGUACAAACGGAACUCAACCCUCAACUACACUACGUCAACGUAUACAAACCUCCUCCUCCGUACCCUUCCAACGGUUUAGCUUCAAACUCCACGCCCGACCUCGCUGUCGCCAGCCAAGCGUUGAACUACCACAGAGGGUACAUCAACUCCCACGUGUCAGGAUCAAGUCCGGACUUGGUGUCGACUAGAACCGCUCUAAACAGACAGUAUUUAGGAUAUAUCAAUCCCGGUCACAACGUCUUAAAUUACGGACGACCCAACAUAAUGCCCGCUACGCACGGCACGUACAACAAUUUGGCGUCAGUGCUGGAUCCAAGUCCGCACAUAAUAUUGGACCCUCAUCACGUGUCCGAUAACUUCCAAAAAGUUUGUGACGAACGAGGGAACAUCAUGUACUCUAUGCCGAUGCACAGAGUGCCGUACCAGCGGCAUCUGGUGCUACCCCAAGUGAGCAAGCUUAGCGAUACGCAGGAGCCGAUAUACGAGAACGUACCUCUGCCCUGGCAAAACGAACCCGGGAAGGUCACAAUGAGAAACCGAGCUCAGAGUCUGACGACCACCGACGAAAUAGCGAGACUGAACGAAAGGAACGGCAGCCACCCGACGAUAAACAAACACGGGAAUUUGAAACCGAACGUCAACCCGCCGAGUUACCGCGCGCCGGUGAAGACCGAGAACCCCGACGGCCAUUACGUGAACGCGCAGAUCAUCAAAGGCGUCCGCGAGUCGAGCGCGCCCCGGGAGCUGACCGUCUCGAACCGGUCGACCGACAAGGACGAGUUCGAAAACGUGGCGCUGUCGAUCGACCGGCUGUCGCUGAAGACCGACGAGAAAGACUACGACGAGACGCCGUACCAGAGCCUGUCCACCCGCAAGGUGUCGAACAACAACACGAUAAAGACGAGCGACAACGUGACCUCGAUCAGCGUCCCGGACGUCCGGCAGGGCGACCGCAACGCGAACGUGUCGCAGGGCAGCGGGGCCGAGAGUGCUUUGUCGAGUUCCGUCGCGAACUCGACCUACAGCACCGGCGAGCCGGAGCCCAAGACCGGCAAGGAGAAGAAGCGGCGGCGGUGGGGCGUGUUCAUGGGGCGGGCGGCGAAGGGCGCGGACGUCAAGAGCGCCACGCUGGGCCGCGACCGCGCCAAGGCGGGCGCCGCGCAGCCCGCCAACAAGCACCGCUGGUCCACCGGCCUGCCCAAGUUCCAGCCGCUGCCGCCCAGCAUCACCAAGGAGACUCUGUGCCAACUGCUCGAGCGGAAGAUGACGGACGAGCAGCUGUCGUUCGCGUUCGAGCAGAUCCCGAAGGGCCGCGAGCGCGGGGGCGAAUUCCGGACGGCGCUCUUGCCGCAGCAUGCGCCCUUAAACGCCUUCAGUUCCGACAACCUGCCCUACGAGGACAACCGGGUGCGACUCGCGCCGACGCCUGCCAAUCCGCACGGGUACAUUAACGCUUCACAUGUGACUAUGACGGUGGGCAGCACCCAGCGCUUCUACGUCGUGAUAAAGGUGGGGUCGGGCAAGGCGCCCAAGCUGUACAGCUCGCCGGCCGGCGUGGAGCAGUGCGCGCUGCUGUGGGAGUGCGCGUGGCAGGUGGGCGCGCGGCUGCUGGCCUUCGUGGGCGGCGACCAGCGCCCGCCGUACCUGCCCCCGGACAACGCCACCGCGGAGUUCGGCAAGUUCCAGGUGACGGCGCUGGGGCUGUCGGUGGCGGCGUGGGGCGGCUCGCUGCGCCUGCGCGUGCGCAGCGGCGGGCGCGCGCGCACGCUGUGGCACGUGCACUUCGCCAGCUGGCCCGAGCGGCAGCCCGCGCCCGCCGACGUCGACCUGUUCCUGGGCUUCGCCACGGAGCUGACGGCGCUGCGGCUGGCCGGCGACGCCGAGGCCGGCGCGGCCUGGGGCCGGGGCGGCGCGGGCGCGCCCGUGGCCUUCUGCUGCGCGGCCGGCGCGGGCCGCAGCGGCACGGCGCUCGCCGCCGACCUGCUGCUGCACAUCCUCGACAACAACCAGGAGCUCGACAUCCCGCGCACUAUCGGCAUGCUGCACCAGCAGCGCGCGAACCUCGUCCAGAACGUGCAACAGUACAAGUUCCUGCACCGAGUCCUGCUACGGUAUCUCCAGCAGUCCAGGCUUAUAUGAUCCGCCUCCUUCGAAACUAUCGAAGGCUACCUUUCUGAACGCCGCCGACGAACAAGGUUCAUAUUUCUCACCGCCGACGUUGUAAUAUCUAAUUCCGCAGGUACGGUCGACUUCGACGCAAUCCAAACGAUAAGUGGCAGUACUACCUGUACGUCUAAUAAAAAUCAAUCUUAUUCCGAUGACUUCAAAAUACACCUUUAUUUAAUCGGGAUAAAACAAGGUAGAUUUUUAUUAAACGUUUGCCAGGCGCUCAAACAAUUAUGACGCCAAAGUGGCGUGCACUGGUGCAAAAAUUAACGUACCUUUAAAAUCCUUUAAUAUUAAGGUACUAUAACCUGCGAAUGACACAAACUAUGAUCUCAUGAUUGACUAUUGUGGCAAUUACAAUAGGCUUCCUAGCCCCAGCCUUAAAAGAGGCCAAUAAUGGAACGUACAUGGCUUGAUAUAGGCUUUCUAGUUAGUGCCGGAUUAAGUAAGCAACUAUUUAGGUCGUCAAGUCUCGUGGGGCACCAAGUCUCCAGAACUGGGCCUUUGCGAUUUCUCUGGCUUCUUCCUCGGAACUCAAUCACAAAACCCACCUCAAAAACAAAAAUAUACAAAAAUGUAAAAUACAGAUACAUUUUUAUUAAAAAGGGCCCACUUCUUAUUGCCUUUUCGGACCACUGCCUAAAGACGGCGAACUGUCAAGUUGUUUUCAAAAUUGCAUACAUUUUAGAACUCGCUCCAUGUAAUUAUGACAGCAGGCAAAUUUUACGUAAGGAACAAAAUCUGGGGCACCACAUAACUUAAAAUUCUCAGGGCACCCAAGGUACUUACUUAAUCCGGCACUGAUUCUAGUGAGUGAGAUAAUGGUAGCCUUCGUUCUUAUAGCAUUAUAACAAUUUUUAUAUAUAUUUUUUUUUUAUGUACAGUAACUCAGCAUUAAUUCUUUUAAUUUUUUAUUACCCAAUGUGCAAUAAAGAAUAUUUCUUGUAAUUUAAUCACAAAACAAUAGAUUAGAUACACAUAAAGUUUAUUUUCUGUAAAGAAAACAAAACUCAAUGAAAAAUAGUAUUGAAAUUAUGAAUUAAAUAAACUAUGGAAAUAUUCACAUCUGAAAGUGACUGAAAUAAAAUCAACUCAGUGCUUUUUUAUUUUAUUUUGUAAAUGAAUGUAUUUUCAAAUGUAUUAUAGUUAAUAUUGGACUUCGAAUGUACAAUAAUUAAAAUGUUAGGAAUUUCGUAUGCAUAUUUUGUUUGUUUAAGAUUGUCGUUGUAUUUUGAUAUUGUAUUGCCCUAAACGAGCUUUUUAACAGAUGUCGAAAGUUUAAGGCCUUCCAAUAAGCUCCUCUGAUUUCAUAAGUACCUAAGCUAAUGUGCUAAUGUGCCGUACAUUAUGUUGUCACGUCUUAUCUCUUCAUUACGGUGACAGAUCGACCACCCAGAAAAGAAAAGCAAAAAACGGGGAACGAUCUUGAUG